AUGGCGGGUCAGUAUCCAUUUUGUUUGUUCCUCAUAAACUUUCAGUUCCACUUUCCAGAAUGCUCUCCGGACGCUUACACGGACCCUCUCUGUCCGGGAAACAUCAAAAACCUGUGGCUAGACGUAGUGGUCGUCGUGGACAGAUCGCAACUGAUGACCAAUUCGCAACUCUGGCAGGUGCGCAACACCAUAUCCCAAGUGUUCGGCGCCGUCGAUCAGAUCGGACCGGUCAAGUAUCCGCAGGACCCGCGGAGCACGUGCGUCGGCGUCGUCACUUACGAUUCGAAUGCGACGGUCGCUGCGCAGAUGGAUGCGUCCAAGUCGUUCUCCGAUCUGUACAACGUCAUUCAGGGAAGUCUCGUGGCCGUUGACUCCACGAACAUUUCCUAUCUGAGCCAGUGAGUUUAGCCACAAGAGAAAGGAGAGAACAAAAGAGUUCAGAGGUCUUUUGGCGGCCGAGAAAGUGCUCCAAGAUGGUCUGAGUCGGACGUAUCGCUACAAUUACAAACGGGUCGUCAUCGCGUUCGCAUCCGCAUAUCAGUACGUUCCCUUAUCUCCAUUAAGAAUGUGCGAACACCGAGGGGCAUGAGCAAUGAAUUGAGUUUAGCAAGUUCAAACCGGAAAACGUAAUAUACAAGUGCCACCUAUUCCAAAUGUUCCAGAGGUUCCGGAACGAUCAACGACGUGUUGCCAGUAGCCAAAAGGCUCAAAAACAACGGCGUCACGAUUAUUUCAGUGGCGUGCACCACUGACAGCGAGGCUCGCGAAGCACUUUCCACCGUCGCCAGUCCCGGAUAUGCGCUCGUGGAUGAGAUGAACACCGCCAAGUUGGUCCAGCAGCUCACCAACGCGCUUUUGAGCGGUUAGUGUGUGUCUGUAGAGAUAUCAAAACGUGGUCAACUAAUAAAAUGGGCAACACUUCUCAAUGAGCAAUUUCUCAGUUGACAGCUUCUCGAUAUCUCCACCGGCAACCGAGAUUUAUCUCAAUAACUGUUUUCAGUGAACUGUUUCUGUCCGUCCGAUUGGGUCCAACUCGGCGGUUCCAACACGUCUUCCCCCAACUUCGCCGUUUGCGUCCAGGGCUUCAAGAGCACCGGCGGCAAUUGGGGAUUCGAGUACGCGGUCGAAUACUGUCAGGGCGCGGAGACUAAUGCGUACUUGGCCAACGAGUUCUCACAGCAAAAACAUGACUUUUUGCAUAGCGAGUUCUACUUUUCCACUAUUUUCUAAACAAAAGUUCAAAUUCAGCGUACAUGCUGAACAAAUUUCCCGCCUAUGAUCCUCUGGAAUACUACAUCGGACUGUCGUACUGGGGAAAUCAGUGGUAUUGGGAGCAGCCGUACAAGCAGGAGAGCCUUCCAGUAAUUCCCAUUCCGUUAGUGAAAUCAAUCUAUUCGUUUUCAGUUCAAUCCGAAUGGCUAUUCCGCCUGGGCUCCCGGCUAUCCAAAAGCCAAUUCCACAGGCCAGACCAUUGCGAAUCAGCCAGUGGGGACUACGGUAAGCGUGCUAUUCUCUCCGGUGGUUGAACAAGAUUUGCAGUUCGCGUGGGCGGAGCCGCAAACGUUCGACUGGCUCUUCGUGUGUCAAGUUCAAGCGAGCAGUACCGAAUAUUACACAACGUACUCUGUAAUGUAA